UUUGAAGUGAAAAAAACAACAUACAAACUUCUUGUUGCUUAUCGAAAACAUAAAUAAAUACACAAAAUUAUAUAUAGCAUACUUUAAGCCUUUAAAAAGUUUUUAAAAUAAAGCCUAACAUAAGGGGUUUCAAUAAAUGUUUAUCAAAAGAAAAGUGUUUAUUUGAAAACAAGAAAAAGAUAAAACGAAACACUUCACAUACAGACACAUAGUGAAAAGCGUGAAGAGUAAGAAGCUCUUUUUUUGUUAGCCAACAUAUUUUUCCGGUUAUGAUAAAUAUGCGACCAUAUGUGCCCUCAAAUCGUAUCGCCAUACGCGAUUCCAUUGAUGAAGACAUAAGCGAUGAUGUAGACGAUGAAGUAUUCAUUAAGGAUUCAAAAACAUCAAAGAUGAGCGAGGAGAAGGGCUUAAAGCGUCCCUUAAUGGCACCUAGACGUAAGAACGGCAAAUCUCAUAAUUCAGUGCCCAUAAUGAAAAAACAUCGUCGCUGUUGCUGGCGCUGUUGUGAACCCUUUUGCUAUGGCCUGGCUGCUUUGACCAUUAUUAUAGCCUUGAUUAGCUUGAUAGCAUUAAUUCUAACCAUGGUUCCUGUUUCCAUGCAAAAAAUCAAAUUUUGGUUACAUCAUCAAAAGAUUUCACCCUCCUUCCCGUUGGCUUUAAACGAUGAUGGCCAGAAAUCGUAUGGCGAUAGUAUGGGCAGUGAAUUUGUGCCUUGUACCCAGAUCAGUGUACAGAAGCUGUGGUCACGCACUUUUCCCCGCAUGAAUAGUGAAAGUCCUGUGCGUAAAGCUGAUCUCAAUGGUGAUGAUGUUUCGGAUAUAAUUUUUGGUUUCGGUGUCGAUGAUAAUAUUCAGUACGAGGGUUAUCCGCUGCCGAAAUGUAAGAGUCCUAUACAGGGUGAUGAGGUUCCUUGCGAGGGUGGUGUUAUAGCGGUGAAUGGUGUUAAUGGAGAUUUACUGUGGCAGACAUGGAGUGUGGCGAAUGUGUUUUCGUUGUUGUGUACCGUGGAUAUAAAUCAAGAUGGUUAUCCGGAUUGUGUAGCGGCUGGACGAUUGGGGAUGAUUUUCGCUAUAAAUGGCCGAAACGGAAAUAAUAUUUGGGAAUUCCGGGAGGUGGAAGUAGAGACCAACUCUCCUAUAGUCAUGGAUCUUUAUACCAUAAACAUUGUACGCGAUUUAGAUGGUGAUGAAAUCUCUGAAAUAUUAGCGGUACAUCUUGAAGAACGCGAAGAAUCGAAAGCGGGUCAUAUUAAAGUAAUAUCGGGUAAAACUGGUAAAGUUAUACGCACAAUACCGACACCGUUUAAAGAAGAAGUAUUUGUACCAGUUCAAAUUAUUACCAAGGAAGAUGGCACUGAACUAUUGCUUAUUAUAACUGGAGGCCAAAGUACUGCGGGUGGAGUCUAUUCCAUACGUCUGCUGUCUCUUAUGAAAUUUACCAGUGAAAAAGAGUUUACUCCUCUAUAUCAACAUAAACAUUCCGGUUUAAUGGUACCCUCGGUAUUAACCGAUAUUACAGGAGAUCAUGUGGCCGAUAUAGUGGUGUCUUCAUUUAAUUCUACAGUCAUGGCUUUUGACGGUCGAAAUUUCAGCAUGUUGUGGAAUUUUACAUUUCCCUCGAGUGAAAGUGUUAGUGCUAUAGUGCCGGGUCAUUUCAAUCAUGAUAAUGUUACAGAUUUUAUGGUCAAAUAUAAUACUGGUCCUGGGUUCCCUGUGUAUUACUAUUCACAAACUACUAUAUUGGAUGGUAGAAAUGGUAAACCCCUACUGGAUGCCAUGAUGACAGAUUCGGGAGGUUCCAAUAGUUUAUUGGGUGGUGUUUCAAUAUCACAGACUUUUGGUGGUGAUUUCUUUUUACACUGGCAAAUGCAGUGUAGAGAUAAAUAUGACGCCAAGGAUGCUUAUGAAUUUAUACCGGACAGCGAUAUUAUCCUGCAAGCACGUGCCGAUACUUGUCGUUUGAGGUAUAACACUUCCAGUGUGGUCAAAUUGUAUGCCAUAGCUCGUCAUAUUGAACCACCAGGAGCGGUAUUAUUCAGUACAGAUGAUUUGGAAGUCCACUUAAAUCGCACCCAACAUGUUAGUCUAGUCAGUGCUCACAAAACACCCAAGUCUCCUUUAAAACAUCCCAAAUUAUUGAAAAAACUUUUGGCUAAUAAAGAAUUAUUGGAAAAAGUUGUCGCUGCUGAGAAAUUGGAAAGUUUAGAAAAGUCCAAGAACCAAUUUAGACAAGAAACAGCACGCAAUCGUCUUUUACCCCCAGAAUUAAUACAAGAGGCUUUGGAGAAAAAUGAGCCACCCGUGGUAGAUACUUAUGAGGCUUUGAAACAACUGAAUUCACCUUAUUACGGGAAUGUGGGUUAUGGAGGCAGUUCACCAGCAUUACGAGAAUUUCAAAAAGAAUACGAUGUCAUCGAACCACAAAGAGUACCAGAAGACUACGAGAACGCAUAUCCUGACAGUGAGGUACCCCAAGUAGUACCAGCCAAUGAACACCCUAUACGUUUACGUACAAAAUAUCCCGGCAAUAGGGAUAUACGCAGCGAUGUACCCACCUUUGAUGAAGAUUCAAAUUCCACCGCUAGCCUGCCCACUGGAGGAGUGCCUCAAAAUAAUCUCGAAAAAGAUGAACCUUUGAGUUUAUGGGACUUGGAGAGAGAAAAAGAAGAAAGAGAUGCCAUGAAAAAGCAACAACAGCAGCAACAAAACUAUGAAGUGCAGGAGCAAGAACAACAACUACUAGAAAAUGCCCAGAUCGAAGAUUUUAUAGGGGGUGUUAAUCCCGAAAAACGUAAGAGAAGAGAGGAUGUGGCAACAAGUAAUGAAAAUGAUGACUGGUUUUUGGCCUCCAUAUCAUCGACUGGAGUACUAAUGAAAUCUUUAAAUAACACCAGAUCCAGUAUAGAUUUUGCAUUUGUUUUAAAUAUAAGAGAAUCCGAAGCCUAUCCACCGUUAUUCACGCCUCAAGAUUUAAACUGUGUGGAGGAGAAAAUAAGCGCUUAUAAAAGUUACACUAUGGACAACCAAAGAGCUUUGCGUAAACAAUUCCUUAAACAAUGCCUUAAUGAGCGUUUGGUCAAUAUUAAUCCCGAUUUGCCUAAAUAUGAAUCACAACUGGUGAUUACACGCUUAAGUAUCACCUGUACUUGUCGUUCCCUACAACCCGGAGAGGUAUGCUCCGAAUUGGAUGAUAUCCAACAACAAAAAUGGACUGAAUUUAUGGGUAAUGAUGGUAAUGGUUUCUAUAGAAAUUAAAAGAAUAUUUCCAUUACCAUAGAAGUAAAAAAGUUUUAUGAGGGAAAAGGAUGUUGUAAUGAAAAUGACAGUUAAACAUUUUAUAUAAAACGAAAGGUUGAAUAAUGUUAAUUAUUGCAAAACAAAAUGUACUUUAUGGGGUAAAACUUAAGAAAGAAUAAGAAAAAACUAAUUUCAAUAUUUAGGUUGAAAACAGCACAUUUAAUGUUUUGGUUAGUUUUCUUUUCAGUUUUCGAAAAUUUUAAUAAAGCACAAUAUUUUUUUAUAAAUAUGUAUACAUAUAAUUUACCUAAUAUAACUA